AUGUCGGGGGACCUCAAGGCCAGUUGUCAUGAAGGGAACCCCCUGGCACAGCAUUACUAUAUCCUGGGCACCCUAGAUAAAGGGUCUUUUGCAGAAGUCAAAGUGGCUCUCCACCUUAUGACCCAGACCAUGGUAGCCAUCAAGAUAUUGAAAAGGGGCACAAAUAUAGACUUCCUGGUCAUCUCUGAGAUAGAUCUUGUGAAAUCCCUGAACCAUAGUCGCAUAAUACAGUUGUUCCAGAUAUUCGAGACAAGGCACAAAACGUACCUGGUGAUGGAAUAUGCAGUCCGGGGAUCCCUGCUGAAACACAUCAACAAGUGUGGGCAUCUGGACGAGGAAGAGGCACGUAGGAUAUUUACAGAACUCUCUUUGGCCGUCAACUAUAUCCACAGUCAGAAUAUUGUCCACCGAGAUAUCAAGGCCGAGAACAUCCUAUUGGAUUGGGAGGGGCAUGUGAAACUUACUGACUUUGGCUUAGGCAAAAGACUGGCCUCUGGGGAAAAGUUCAAAGGAUUUUGUGGCACACCACAAUAUUGUGCUCCUGAAGUGUUUGAUCACAAACAAUAUGAUGGCCUCCCAACUGACAUCUGGAGUCUCGAUAUGGUCCAAGAGAGCUCCAGUGCUACAGACACAAGUAGCAGCAUGUCCUCCUGGGAGUCCAGAACCAGCAGCCCUUCCCCCAUUGAGAAGAACCAGGAAGAGAAUAUAGGCAUCGAAUCCUUACAAGACACUAGCUCAUCCUCAAGGGAAACAGUCCAUCAGGAGCAGCUCCGAAGGAGGUCCCAGGGUAUGCCCAGAGUCCCACUGAGAAAGCGGGCCUGGAGGGGCCUGAAGAAGAGGAUUUCCAAAAGCCUUAAGGAACUUGUGUUGCUGCCUCCCAGUGAAAAAUAA